UCAAACUCAAAUCUCAAUUUUCGCUUUCGAGUUUCGACUUUCGGCUCUGCAGUUGUAUGGAUAUUUUUUCUAAACAGCACUUUUAGAGUAGUUCUAGUGCCUUUUUCCACUUUUGUUUUUGUAUUAUGCUGUAUUAGUACAUUUCGCUUUAUUUUCAAAUUUAUUUGCAAAAACCCUACUCUUAUUAUGGUAGGCAAGUUGUGAAAAUAAUAUGUCGGAAAACAGCAAGUUUGCUCUUCCUGUACGCAGUGAUGGCGACAACAAUGUUUUGUCGAUGAUCUAUAUAUUCUUCAAAAAGGUGUCAAUAGUUGGUGCAGUAUACUUAGUUGGUUAUAUGCAAUGGAGUGUUGCUUGGCUGAUUGGACCAGUGGUACUUUCCGUCCUUAGGGACCAAUGGCGUAGAGAGAAUGAGUACAGGCGAAAUAUAGCUAAAGUUGCAGCUAUCUCCUCGGAAAAGGAUGUAAUUCUUGCAAGACUGGAUGAUCUACCAGCUUGGGUAUUCUUCCCCGAUAUAGAACGGGCUGAAUGGUUAAACAGGAUCUUGCUUCAAGUAUGGCCGAAUGUAAACCACUAUGCAAGAACCUUACUUAAAGAAUCUAUUGAACCAGCUGUGGCUGAGAGUUUAAAGAAUUAUAAAUUGAAUGGGUUUAAGUUUGAACGCAUGAUCCUUGGGACCAUUGCACCAAGAGUUGGCGGCGUUAAGGUAUAUGAUAAGAAUCUUUCGAGAAAUGAAAUCAUUAUGGAUGUUGACUUGUUUUAUGCGGGUGAUUGCGACAUCUCGUUCGUCCUUCAGCGUAUUAGAGGUGGAAUUAAAGAUCUGCAGCUUCACGGAAUGGCGCGUGUUGUUAUGAAGCCUCUCAUUUCCAAGAUGCCCUUGGUUGGUGGCCUUCAGAUAUUCUUCCUCAAUAAUCCGUCUAUUGACUUCAACCUUGUUGGAGCCGCCGAUGUUUUGGACAUGCCAGGGUUUAGUGACAUCCUGCGUCGUUGUAUUGUGGAACAAAUCGCGAAGAUGAUGGUGCUACCUAACAAACUGCCGAUAAAGCUCAGUGAUGAAAUACCCACUGUCGACUUGAGGAUGCCUGAACCUGAGGGUGUUCUUCGAAUUCAUUUAGUUCAAGCUCAGAAUCUCAUGAAAAAAGAUGUAUCUAUGAUAGGGAAGGGUAAGUCUGACCCGUACGCCAUCAUAACGGUGGGCGCCCAGCAGUGGAAAACAAAACAUAUUGAUAAUGAUGUUAACCCUCGCUGGGACUACUGGUGUGAGGCGAUUAUAAGCUCAAGAAAGAGCCAGGUGCUGCAGUGCGAGUUGUGGGACUGGGACCCGGGGAUGGGCAUUCAGAACGAUGAUUACCUCGGCAGGUGUUCCUUGGAUAUCUCGCAAGUAGUUCGCGCUGGUCGCCUUGAUACAUGGCAAACACUGCAACAAGCAAAGCAUGGCAAGGUCCUGCUGCGUCUAUCGUGGCACCGCCUUUCAACAAAUUUCUCGGAUCUGCGUAAUGCUCUUACGGAAGCUCAAUUGAUAAAGAAUGCUGAGCUAAGUAGUGCGGUUCUGUCCGUAUACAUCGACUCAUGCAAACAUCUACCUAAUGCUCGAGCUACGUCUAAACCCGAUCCAUAUCUGCAACUGACCGUCGGUAAGAAGACAGAGAACACAGCGGUUCAGAUGAGAACCGACAGUCCCGUGUACGAGAUCGGGCACUCCUUCCUCGUGCAACAUCCUGAAGUUGAUAUACUUGAAAUAAAGGUUGUAGACCAGAAGACAGGCAGUUCACUGGGACAGCUUACUUAUGGAAUAGCGGCCUUACUGAAACAAAAAGAUCUCACCAUGUUGACGCAGCCCAUUAACUUGCAGAAAUCUGGACCAGAAUCAAAAGUACUUUUGGCGCUUCAAUUAAAGAUUCUCAAAGAGGCGCUAAAGGAAGCGGAUUAUGAAGAAGAAGCUCCAUACACGCCAGUACCGGAGCCUGUUCCCGCGCCAACUGCUGACAUUAUAGAUGCCCCAAAACCAGCCAAUGGCGAUGUACCACCUCCAGCACCCGAAAUGAAAAAUAUCGAAGACGGUAAAGAUAACAGUUCAGAAAAGUCGAUUCCUGUUGAACAAAUCACACGAGAAAUCGAUAUUCCGCAAGAAAGCCAACCUCCAGUGCAACGUGAAACUCCGAAACUUGUCCAUAGAACGUCAUCAUUAACAACAUCGGCAGGUGAAGCUGGUUUGGGUCGCAUCCUACUGUCCCUUCGUUACAGCAUGCAAAAUCAGACACUUUAUGUUGUCGUGCAUAAAAUUAUGAACAUACCCCUGAAGGACCCAACUAAUGUGCCCGACCCAUAUGUCAAAUUGUACUUACUCCCUGGACGCUCCAAGGACUCGAAGCGCAAGACUGUGGUGGUGAAGGACAGCUGCAUGCCGGAGUACGACGAGCAAUUCGAGUGGGUGAUCCCAUUGGCCGAGCUGCACUCGCGGCACGUGGAGGUCACCGUCGCCACGCACAAGGGCUUCCUUGGGGGCAGCCCCGUCAUUGGACAGGUGAUAGUACAUCUGAACGAGUAUGAUUUUAGAGAAGCAAAAACUUUAUGGUACGACUUGUUGCCAGAAAUGACACCCAGAGAUUAACUUUUCAUGUUGCUUAU